GUUUUAAUGUUAAGAUUCAACACGCGUGUACAAUUAUAAGUUAUAUUUUAAAUAUAAUAAAAUUUUUAAUGCAAAAUAAAAAAAAAAGAUAUGUCAGGUCCCACCGAGAUUUGAACUCGGAUCGCUGGAUUCAAAGUCCAGAGUGCUAACCAUUACACCAUGGGACCGCUUAUUACAAGUUACAAAUGCUUCAAUAAGUUAUGGCAGAAUAAGAAAAGAAUAAGUUGCAACGUAUUUCUCGCUCGUGCUGUUUGACUAACAAUAAACUAUAUCUAUUUUUUUUUGAGGUAAAUUAAUAAAAGAUAAAGCGAUCGGAACGAAGAAAUGAAUUAUACGCCUUGAAGUUUGGUAUACUACUUGACGAAUACUAAGAUAAAUUAAAGCUUCAAUAAGGUUAGAUCCAUUAACCUUAAAGUAGAAAAAAAGAAAUUAAAGAGAACAAAAUGAAUCGUUUUGGUGAAGAUGAAAGUGGUAAUUCAUAUAUGGACAGACGUUCUAAUGGUCGAGGACGAGGUCGUGGUUCUUGGGCGCCAAUCCCAAAAAGUACUCAAGAACGACAAACAUUAAGAAGACCUCAUUUUACCGGUAAUACUCAUCCAGCUGUCGGUGGUUCUACUUUGACAACCUACCCUGAACAAAACAGAUCACAAGAAUUUAUGAACAGAAUUGUUGAAAAUUCUACUUUAUCUGUGCAUGCUGCUGAAUUUGUUCCUAAAUGCCAGAGUUACGUUGUACCUAUGCAACAACAGUCGUCAAUGAUGUGGCCCAAACAUUCUGUCCAAAAUAGAAUUCAAUUAGCAAGAGAAUUACCGCAUCAAAUGCAGCAUCAAUUACCGGGUCAAACACAUUUACAACAAAGACAAAUGAUAGACAGACAACAUUAUGAUCACUAUUCUGAAUCCUCAUAUUCAUCUCGACAACGACAACUGGAAGAUCCAGAAAUAAGAAGAGUUCAGGAGUUACGGUUAGAUAAUCAGGAACUAAAUUUGGCUAAUACAAUGCAACAGCUAGGUAGUGUAAUGCAUUAUUUAACUAUGAAUCCUGGAAGUUUUGCAUCUUUAGUACCACCACUUCUCAAUAAUAUCAAGCUUUAUUGCGAAUCUCCUACUCAACUUCAAGAAAUUAUGGAUGUUGUAAUAGUACAAAGUAUAACUGAAGGAAAUUUCCGAUAUAGCGGUGCUCGAAUCUUUAUGUGUCUCGAUACAGCUAUGACAAGGGAGCAACAAAAACCUUUCAGAGAAAUUCUACAUUUACUAUGUAAGGAAAAAACACAGAAAUAUGCUGCUACUUGGCAAAAAAAUGACAAACAUACAGAAGAAGAACAGAUCAAAUGCCACGGGUUUAUAUUAUUCCUAGCAGAAUUAGUCGUCCAAAUGGGCGAUGUACUUGCUUUUGAAUUAGGAGAAAUAUUAAUACAACUUAUUUCAAUUGUUCUGAAAAAUCCAGGAUCAAAUUCUGCUAAACAUAUAUGUCAAGCACUAAAGUUGGCAGGCCAUACCUUAGAAAGAGAUAAAAGAGGCCGCCGAAAAGAAAUGGAAAAUAUGAUGCGUACUUUAACACAAUUAGUUACGGAAGGAAGGGCAGAUACAAGUGUGAGUCGUAUGAUCGAUAGUGUGCAUCAAUUGCGUAAUGGAAAUUGGGGCCGAGAAAGCCAUAAUGCAUCCAGUCAAAAUUCAAUAUCAGAACCUAUACAUCCACCUAAAAUACAGCAUGAAUAUAAUGAACUUGUUUUGUAUGGUCCUGAUGGUAAAGUACUUUCUGCUGAAGAAAGUCAAUUCUUACAGGAUGCAGCAACAGAUGCUUCUGACUCUGAAAAACAGGAAGAGCUAGAUCACGAGUUAGAAGAAUUAUUGGAUGAUGAAGAAGACGAAUCAUUUGAAACUGCCUAUGAAGAAUUCUUAAAACUUUUACCCAAAAAUAUUGAAAAUAAAAUACAUCAGUGAAUGUUAGUAUAAGAAAGAAAGAAAACAUUUAUAGUAUCCAAGAACACUAUUAAUGAUUGUUCUAUAAAAAUAUUAGUAUACAAAUAUUUUUAAUCCUUUGGAUAAGGUUAUACUUGACGUAUCGAAAAUAAUUUAUGUUAUAUUUAUAUAUUAAUUCUGAAAGAUAAAAACCUACUGUCCUUGCAUAUUUAUGACGUGGGCUUAAAAGCAGUAGUCAUAUAAUUUACCAAAAACGUUGACUAGCUUUGAAACGUUUAAUAUUGUAUAGAUUUAAUACAUAUAAUUAUACAAAUUAUUGAAAAUGUUGAAUAGAUAACUGUUAUCUAUUUUUCAGUUUUUCUUCUUUUUCUUUUCUAUUCUAUUUGUACAACAGUUUUGAUAUUACUUAAUAUAUGUACGGUAUAAUAAUCUUUUACCAUAAAAGAUUGAAUAUUUCAACUCAUUUUGAAUUUAGUUAAUUAAUUUUAGAAGUAUGAAUUUUUAAAUAUUAUACUAUACUUUAACUUGUAUACUAUAAAACAUAUUUUAAAUAUUUAUUAUUUACAGUUUGAUCAUAUACUUUUUUUUUUUAGAAAACAAUCGUGAAAAAUAAUUUCCAAUUAAUCAUAAAUAAAAUGGUUA